CCGCGAGCUGCUCACUUGGCUCUCGCCCUCCGACCGGGAAGCAUGGGCCUGCCCAGGCUGAUCUGCGCCUUCUUGCUCUACGCCUGCUGCUGCUGUCGCCGCGCCGCGGGUGUGCCCGGAGAGGCUGAGCAGCCUGCACCGGAGCUGGUGGAGGUGGAAGUGGGCAGCACAGCCCUUCUGAAGUGCAGCCUCUUCCAGUCCCAAGGCAACCUCAGCCAUGUCGACUGGUUUUCUGUCCACAAGGAGAAGCGGGUACUCAUCUUCCGCGUGCGCCAGGGCCAGGGCCAGAGCGAACCUGGGGAGUACCAGCACCGGCUCAGCCUCCAGGACAGAGGGGCUACUCUGGCCCUGACUCAAGUCACCCCCCACGACGAGCGCAUCUUCUUGUGCCAGGGCAAGCGCCCUCGGUCCCAGGAGCACCGCAUCCAGCUCCGCGUCUACAAAGCUCCAGAGGAGCCAAAUAUCCAGGCCAAUGCCCUGGGCAUCCCUGUGAACAGUAAGGAGCCUUCGGAGGUCGCUACCUGUGUGGGGAGAAAUGGGUACCCCAUUCCUCAAGUCAUUUGGUACAAGAAUGGUCGGCCUCUGAAGGAGGAGAAGAACCGAGUCCACAUUCAGUCCUCCCAGACUGUGGAGUCGAGUGGUUUGUACACCUUGCAGAGUAUUCUGAAGGCACAGCUGGUUAAGGAGGACAAAGAUGCCCAGUUCUACUGUGAGCUCAACUACCGGCUGCCCAGUGGGAACCACAUGAAGGAGUCCAGGGAAGUCACUGUCCCUGUUUUCUACCCGACAGAAAAAGUGUGGUUGGAAGUGGAGCCCGUGGGAAUGCUGAAGGAGGGGGACCGUGUGGAAAUCAGGUGUUUGGCUGAUGGCAACCCUCCACCCCACUUCAGCAUCAGCAAGCAGAACCCCAGCACCAGGGAGGCAGAGGAAGAGACAACCGUCGACAACGGGGUCCUGGUGCUGGAGCCGGCCCGGAAGGAACACAGUGGGCUCUAUGAAUGUCAGGGCCUGGACUUGGACACCAUGAUAUCAUUGCCGAGUGAAGCGCAGGAACUGCUGGUGAACUACGUGUCUGACAUCCGAGUGAGUCCCGCAGAUCCUGAGAGACAGGAAGGCAGCAGCCUCACCCUGACCUGUGAGGCAGAGAGUAGCCAGGCCCUCGAGUUCCAGUGGCUGAGAGAAGAGACAGGCCAGGUGCUGGAAAGGGGGUCUGUGCUCCAGUUGCACAACCUGAAACGGGAGGCAGGGGGCGGCUACCGCUGUGUGGCAUCUGUGCCCCGCAUACCCGGCCUCAACCGCACACAGCUGGUCAACGUGGCCAUUUUUGGCCCCCCUUGGAUGGCAUUCAAGGAGAGGAAGGUGUGGGUGAAAGAAAACACGGUGUUGAACCUGUCUUGUGAAGCGUCAGGGCACCCCCGGCCCACUAUCUCCUGGAACGUCAACAGCACGGCAAGUGAACAAGACCAAGAUCCACAGCGAGUCCUCAGCACCCUGAAUGUCCUCGUGACCCCAGAGCUGUUGAAGACAGGUGUCGAAUGCACGGCCUCCAACGACCUGGGCAAAAACACCAGUGUCCUCUUCCUGGAGCUGGUCAAUUUAACCACCCUCACACCAGACUCCAACACAACCACUGGCCUCAGCACUUCCACUGCCAGUCCUCAUACCAGAGCCAACAGCACCUCCACAGAGAGAAAGCUGCCAGAACCGGAGAGCCAGGGCGUGGUCAUCGUGGCUGUGAUUGUGUGCAUCCUGGUCCUGGCGGUGCUGGGUGCCGUCCUCUACUACCUCUACAAGAAGGGCAAGCUGCCGUGUGGGCGCUCAGGCAAGCAGGAGAUCACGCUGCCCCCGUCUCGUAAGAGUGAACUUGUAGUUGAAGUUAAGUCAGAUAAGCUCCCAGAAGAGAUGGGCCUCCUGCAGGGCAGCAGCGGUGACAAGAGGGCUCCGGGAGACCAGGGAGAGAAAUACAUCGAUCUGAGGCAUUAGCCCGGAAUCACUUCAGCUCCCUUCCCUGCCUGGAACUUUCUCGGCUCCUUGCUCGCUCCUUGCAGUCAAAGCCUUCAAAGGGACUAGACAGAAACCUCCUGCUCCCCUCGCCAGCACACCCCCUUUCAGAGGGCCACUGGGUUAGGACCAGAGCUGACCUGAGGACCUCACCUGCCCCUGGAAGGCCUGCUUUUCAGGGACCAAUCCACCACCAUCUCCACGUUGAGUGAAGCUCAUCCCAAGCGAGAGGCCUGUCUCCCGAGUGGGUAGGAGAGUUUCUUGCAGAACGUGUUUUCUCUUUACAUAUUAUGGGCUUAAAUACCUGGCUCCUGCCAGCAGCUGAGCUGGGUAGCCUCUCUGAGCUGGUUUCCUGCCCCAAAGGCUGGCUUCCAUCAUCCAGGUGCGCCACUGAAGUGAGGAUGCACUGGAGCCAGGCGCCUGCUCAUGUUGAAGUGCGCCGUUCACACAGGCUUCAGAGAGCACCCCAGCAGCAUCCAGAAGCAGCUGCAGUGUUACUUCUGCCACCCUCCUGUCUGCCUCUUCAAAGUCUCCUAUGACAUUUUUUCUUUGGGCAGAAGCUAGGAACUGGUAUCAUUCCUUAAAAAAUAAUGUGCCUGCAGUGAGGAAGCUGGGCAUUGUUUUUGAGUUCAAGUGAAUUAGCCUCAAACCCCCGUGUUCACUUGGCUCCCAUGGCCCUCUUGAUGAAUCACGUAAAACUGAAAGGCUGGGGGGGAGUGGACAAAGAUGAGGUCUACACUGUCCUUUAUGGGGAUUAAAGCUAUGGUUAUAUUAGCACCAAAUUUCUACAAACCAAGCUCAUGGGCCCCAACCCGCGGAUAAGGGCCCAAAUGAGAGAAUGGUACUUAGGGAUAAAAGUACCAAUGGACGGGCCUGGCUAGAGCUUUGGGGUGUGCGUGUGUGUCUGUGUGUGUGCACACGUAUGUGUGUAUAUAUGGUUUUGUCAGGUUGUGUGUAAAUUUGCAAAUUGUUUCCUUUAUAUAUGUGUAUAUAUAUUAUAUAUAUAUAUAUAUAUGAGAAAAAUAAAGCUUAAUUGUCCCAGACA